AAGUGACCCAAAGUUAUUCUCCCUUGUUUUCUUGUACUAUAUAAAAACACAAGAAACUGGGCAGGAUGCGCAACAGGGAAUGCCUGUCGUUCAUCGAUUGGAACCGGGGAACGCCGGCGAGAAAAAAAAACAUAUAUUCCAUCCAUCAAAUCGUGCAGCCCACGAAGCGAGUGAUUGGUUGUUCCCAGCUGGAGCUCAGAUUUUCGAGGUGGAGCCGAGUCUGGCAUCCACUCGCAAAUUAUCAGCACUCAGGGGAGCCGGCAAACAGAGCGGAGGCAAGCGAGAGGCUAGGCUACCUUGGGUCUGGCAUUUCAGCUUGGCUUUGGGAGGGAAGAGCCGAGAAAACAUAACAACAAAGCAAGGGGGUACGAAUCUAGUUCUUAGACUGUCAUCGCAUUUUGCGCACGCGCCCUUUCUCCUGUUCCCAACAUUCCCAUCCCACAAAGUUGUUGUUGUUUGCAUGAGGGCAAUCCCCAUUCGUUUAUUUUACGGCCCUCUCACAAGUCCCGACCGCGGCGAUUUGAACCGCAAAGGCGCAAACGGCGCUGGCUAAUCAAUCCGCACAGCCUCUGUAAAAUCAUCCCGGAUCCUCAAGCCGGGGGCGGCUUGCAGAAGAAGGUCAAUGGCCAGCGCCACAGCAGCUUUCUAUUAGACUUUCUCGGGAGAGGCAAGUUGGGUAUGAGAUCAAAAUCUCUACCUAGACCUAAGAAGCAAGCAUUUAGCUAGGGGACCACGUGACGUCAUGAAGUUCGCGAAAGAGCUUCAAAGGGAUUUAGUGCCCGAAUGGCAGCAGGCGUACCUCAACUACAAGGAGGGCAAGAAGCACAUAAAGGCCGUCGCUCGUGCAAUCAAUCGAGCCAAGGGUAAAGGUUCACUGACCCCCAACCUUGCUCGACGAUCACCAGAUGACCUGCCUCCCCACCCAACUCCCAGCUUCUCACCCAGACGCAAGCAAGGUCAUCAUGUUCGCUCCUUGGCGGCCAGAGGGGGGCCGACUCGGGGUGAAGAUGGCAACAAUGGAAAUGCCUUGUCUGCUACUCGUUCGCAAUCGACACCGGCGCCUGGGCCGUCCAGCACCAAGAAUGCCCUAGCGAUCUCCCCGGCUAUGGACAUCGCGGCCCGGAAGGGGAGAGAUGAUGGUCGCCUAGGUGAGACACAGCUGCUCAAGGAUUCGUGGGGAAGCGACACGCAUUACGGCAGCUUCGUGCCUACUCCUCCGGCCGCUCCUCAUCCGGACAAUCCCCUUACCAAGUCAACAUCUUAUCAGCACAACUUUGAGCUCCCGGCGCCUGCAAUGAAAAUACCCUCAAGGACUGAGGAUUCUAACAAGCUUGCACCGCUGUUGUCAAACCCAUUUCACAGAAGUCAUUCGAUGCAGUUUCCUGUGGAAGGGCCUCGUCGCGGUUCGGCUGAAGACUCGCAAAAGUCUCCUCGUCAACGGCCCGCCAGUCGUCUAGCCAGUACUUUUGGGAGAAAUGCUGGCGAGGAUCUCUCUGCAGAGACUCCGUCGAGACAACGCCUGCAGCACACGACGUCAUUCCCAACGCCGCGUGGCAGCUUGACACGCAAAAAGUCAAUCUCGCCUAACACGGCGGUCGAACAGGAAGCCAUCGAGCUUGAAAACAACUUCUUCUUUUGGUUGGACGACCAGCUAGCAAAGGUUGACAACUUUUACCGGGAAAAGGAGGCCGAGGCAGAAAAACGUCUAGUGGCUCUCCGGGAACAGUUGCAUGUGAUGAGGAGUCAACGUCUGGCAGAGAUAGAACAGAUGAGGAAACGUCGCCAUGCUGCAUCCCAAGACAAUGGAGACUCUCCUACUAACAGACGAGGGAAACACAACAAGGGGGGUAAUAACAGCUCGGACAACUCGUGGCUUAAUCAAGGCUUGAUGCGCCAGUUACAACCAGCAAAGGCUAAACUCUUCGAGAUAAGCCACCCUCGCCCAGGACCCAACUCCAAAGCACUGCAGAAGAUGGCACAAACGCCACGCAUGAAAGGCUUGCAGGAUCCCUCAAAUAGGGACUACACUCGCCGCCCUGUGGCCGAGGAUGUUCCAUACAGAACCGCCAAACACAAACUAAAGCUGGCCCUGCAGGAGUUCUAUCGCGGCCUCGAGUUGCUCAAGUCAUUCGCUCUGCUCAACCGAACCGCUUUCCGUAAGCUCAACAAAAAGUAUGACAAAGCUGUCAACGCCAAACCACCGUACCGUUACAUGCACGAGCGCGUCAAUGAAGCCUACUUCGUCAAGUCUACGCUGCUGGACACGCAUAUCGCCGCCGUUGAGGACUUGUACGCGCGCUACUUUGAGCGUGGCAAUCACAAGAUUGCCGCAGGCAAGCUGCGUAACCUCAACCGUAGGCCGGCAGAUGAGUCUGCGAGUGCCUUUCGCAGUGGCCUGCUCAUCGGCGUGGGACUCGUGUUUGCCAUCCAGGGCGGAAUAUAUGGGGCCGAGCUCCUGUUCGCUGAAGAUGAUACGUUGAGAGAGCACACAUCAUACCUCAUGCAAAUCUAUGGUGGUUACUUCCUCAUGCUCUAUCUCUUCGUGCUAUUCUGCUUGGAUUGUCGGCUGUGGACGAAGAGCAAGAUCAACUACCAGUUCAUAUUCGAGUUUGAUCCUAGGACGCAACUCGACUGGAGGCAGUUGUCUCAGUUUCCGGCUUUCUUCCUACUGGUUUUUGGAGUCUUUAUCUGGGCCAACUUCUCCCGAUUCGGAGAUGAGGAAAUGUACCUCUACUUCCCCGUCAUCUUGAUUGGGUUGACUUUCGUGAUCCUAUUCUUCCCUGCGCCUGUGUUUUAUUGGCGAAGUCGACGAUGGUUCUUGUACUCUCACUGGCGUCUCCUUCUUGCCGGUCUCUACCCUGUCGAAUUUCGUGAUUUCUUCCUCGGCGACAUUUACUGCUCCCUGACAUACGCCAUGUGUAACAUUGAGCUCUUCUUUUGCCUAUAUCACAACCGCUGGAACGAACCCACGCAAUGUAACUCGAGCCAUUCUCGACUAUUAGGCUUCUUCUCGGCGCUGCCACCUAUUUGGCGUUUUCUUCAGUGCAUCCGGCGUUAUUAUGACACGCGCAACGCUUUCCCCCAUCUCGUCAACUGUGGCAAGUAUACUAUGAGCAUCAUGGCUGCCGUCUGUCUCAGCCUUUACCGUCUGGAGAACACCCAUACGAACCUGGCGCUUUUCAUCACCUUUUCCAGCAUCAAUGCCAUAUAUUGCUCGUUCUGGGACAUCUUCAUGGACUUUUCCCUCCUACAGCCGGUCAAUAACAACAACUUUCUUCUUCGCGACAUCCUCGGGCUAAAGAAGAAAUGGCCCUAUUAUACCGCCAUGGUCGUAGAUCCCAUCCUCCGAUUCGCCUGGAUAUUCUACGCUAUAUUUACGCACGACACACAGCACAACACUAUAGUCUCUUUCCUGGUUGCUUUCGGCGAGGUCACUCGCCGUGGGAUGUGGACUAUUUUCAGAGUCGAGAACGAGCACUGCGGCAAUGUAGCGCAGUACAAGGCCAGCCGCGAUGUGCCGCUUCCAUACAAGCUCGAGGGCGAGGAGAGCAGCAGCGGCAGUGGCGCCGACGAAGGAUUACUGGGCGAACCAACCACACCGGGCAAGGGCCGGAGCUCAGGCGUCGACGUCGAACGGUCCCCGGCAGCUGCUCGUCUGAACUCGGUUGCCGGAGCUGGCUCCAGAGCGUCGGCGGCCGAGGAAGGAAGGGCCGGAGAAUCAACAGCAGGCGAAGUCCCUGCUGGCGCGACACUCAGGAGGAGACUCACGAGGGCCGACACCAUCGUCGGAGCGCUCUCGCGGCACCUGGCCGAGGCGCACAAGCAGGACUUUGAGAAGCGGCGUAAGCCGCCCGUCAGUCCGGCCGAGGAUGAAGACGAGGAGGAGAUGUACCAGAACAUUCAGAGAGCGGCUGUUUCCAGCGACGUUGCCGUCGAAGAAGAGGAUGAUACAGAUGAUAUGGAGGGCGGUGGGACGUUUAGUGAGGAUGACAACCGGGAGGAAGAUGGAGAUGGUCAGAGCGAUGGGGACGAGGAUGUGGCGGAGCACGUUGAUACGAAGGUUGUGGAUAAUGGGAAAGACGCAGUGAGGAGCCAGAUUAAGUCGUGAGGGGAGUUGCUGCUCUUGGCUUGAGGGUUGUUUGUUAUUUUUGUAGAGGAACAUCAGCGACGAGCGUGGGGGAAAAGUCUCAUAUAACGCAUUACCAGCGAGCGAUAAUUCAUGGAUAGAGAGGUAGGAUUACCAAAAAAUAGAGUCAAGCAGUAUGAAUAAGAAAAGCAAUGAUUACA